AUGGCAAACCGUUUCCUCCGGCCAAACCUCAUCAACCGUUUCUCCACCAUGAGUCCCGUCGGUCCUCCGGCCACCGUCGUCCCUGAGAUUCUUUCCUUUGACCAGCCAAAACCAGAUGUUGACCUUGAUCUGUCCGACCAAUCUCGACUCUUCGCUUCUGUCCCAAUCUCCGACCUUGUGCGUUCAACGGCCGUUCUCCAUGCUACGGCUAUAGGCCCUAUGGUCGAUCUUGGCUCUUGGGUCAUGAGUUCGAAGCUCAUGGAUACGACCUUUACACGAGACUUAGUCCUCAGUUCCGUGAAAGGAACGUUUUACGACCAUUUUUGCGCCGGAGAAGACGCGGCUGCUGCCGCGAGGCUCGUGAGAAGUGUGUAUGAGUCGACGGGACUAAAAGGGAUGUUGGUCUACGGCGUAGAACACGCCGAAGACGGUGGCGCGUGUGAUAGCAACAUCGAGAAAUUCAUUGAGACUGUUGAAGCUGCUAAAACCCUUCCUACGUCUCAUCUAAGCUCAGUGGUGGUGAAAAUUACAGCGAUUUGUCCAAUGAGUCUCCUAAAACGAGUAAGCGAUUUGCUCCGGUGGCAAUACAAGAACCCAAAUUUCAAACUUCCAUGGAAACUCAAUUCAUUCCCGGUUUUCUCCGGUUUAAGUCCUCUCUACCACACAACCUCAGAACCAGAGCCAUUAACCGCAGAAGAAGAACAAGAGCUUGAAAAAGCUCACGAACGCCUCAAAUCCGUAUGUCAAAGAUGCCAAGAAUACAAUGUACCGCUACUAAUCGAUGCCGAAGACACAAUUCUCCAACCGGCGAUCGAUUACAUGGCGUAUUGGUCGGCGAUCACGUUUAAUUCCGACAAAGAUCGACCAAUCGUUCACAACACGAUUCAGGCUUAUCUAAAAGAUGCAGGAGAGAGAUUGCACUUGGCUUUACGAGAAUCCGAGAAAAUGAAUGUUCCUAUUGGGUUUAAACUAGUUAGAGGUGCUUAUAUGUCUAGUGAAGCUAAAUUAGCAGAUUCCUUGGGUUACAAGUCACCGGUCCACGACACCAUUCAAGACACACAUUCUUGCUACAAUGAAUGUAUGAGUUUCCUCAUGGAAAAAGCCUCGAAUGGAUCCGGCAUUGCCGUUAUUCUAGCGACGCAUAACACUGAUUCAGGUAAACUAGGGGCAAGGAAAGCAAGUGAACUUGGGAUCGAUAAAGAGAACGGGAAGAUUGAGUUUGCGCAGCUUUACGGGAUGUCUGAUGCAUUGUCUUUGGGAUUGAAAAGGGCCGGUUUCAAUGUUAGCAAGUACAUGCCGUACGGCCCCGUCGCAACCGCGAUUCCUUACCUUAUUCGACGGGCAUACGAGAACCGCGGUAUGAUGUCUACCGGUGUUCUAGACCGCAAACUUAUGAGGAUGGAGCUUAAGAGGAGAAUACUGGUUGGGUGA